CUCACUCUUAUCGAUAACCUUAGUGACCGCCAACCUAUUUGCAAUCCAUCCGCCCAAGGAAGCCCUGUUGCAACAUCCCAAAAAAGUCUUUCUUAAUCUACAAUGGCUGAACAUGGGAUUCCUCGAUACGCCCGUAGAGGGGAGCGGACUGAAGAAGCUCGCCAACAAGAGCUCCGCAAGAUCGAGAAGUAUCGUGAACUCGAACAGUCGGUUCGAGAAAAGAUUGCGGCACAGCAGUACACACCAGAAACUUUACAGAAGAUAUCCGAACUGCUAAGCAGCAACCCAGAGUACUACACGAUAUGGAAUUAUCGUCGUCAAGUCUUGCGAAGCGAAUUUUCGCGCGCAGAAUCUAGCGGCUCCAACGAAACAGCAGCAGAACAUGUUGCUUCCUUGAUCAAGAACGACUUGCUAUUUCUUAUUCCCUUGCUCAAGAGUUUUCCCAAGUGCUACUGGAUUUGGAACUACCGCGUCUGGCUCUUGGACGAAGCCAAGCGUCUUCUUCCUGCUUCGAUCUCCCGUCGAUUCUGGCAAGAAGAAUUGGGCUUGGUAGGCAAGAUGCUCAACCUGGACAGUAGGAACUUCCACGGCUGGGGUUACAGACGAUUUGUCAUAGAGACUCUUCGGGAGCUCAAGUCCGCAGAGCAACCCAGCGAAGACAUGACCCAGGCUGAAUUUGACUACGCAAAGAAGAUGAUCGGCGCCAACCUGUCGAAUUUCUCUGCUUGGCACUAUCGUACCAAGUUGAUCCAGCGACUACUAAACGAGCGAUCAGCCAGCGAUGAGGAGCGGAGAAAGAUGCUCGAUGACGAGUUGGAAUUGGUCCAUCGUGCCCUGUGCGACCCAUAUGACCAGUCAUUGUGGUUCUACCACCAGAACUUAAUGUGCGUCUUUGAUCCGACGGUAGCGGCGCAGACAAUGGCACCGAAUCUCAGUGACUCGGAACGCUUGGAAUAUCUCCGCCAGGAGAUCGAAGAAAUCGAAGACAUGCUGGAUGGGGCGGAAGACUGUAAAUAUCUCUACCAAGCCUUGAUCGACUGUACGUUGUUGGCUUGGAAGGUGGAGGGAAUAACUCCCGCCGAUACGCAGAAACGAGCGGUGCUAAAGUGGCUUGCGGAGUUGAAGAAGCUGGACCCGCUGCGACAGCAACGGUGGCUGGGUUUUGAACAGUCACUUGCCUGCUGA